AUGCCCCUCAUCCUUCGCCCAGCGACAGAGAAAGACGCCUUCCGUCUAGGCUGCAUCGGCCGCGAUGCCUUCCGCCACCAUGUUUCGCGCGACCUCUUCCCUCCACACCUGCGCAGCAAAUCCGAGUCCGGCGAUCCAGAUUUUGACGAAGCCGAAUGGCGUGGUAUGCGAACAGUUCGUCGCAUGAAGGAGGGCAAGCCUGCUUAUGUCGUUGUUGACGUGUCUGAGGGGGGAAUCCCCGACGAAGAGGGGCUGGUAGUUGGGUUUUGUCAGUGGGAGUUGCCUUCAGAGGGGCAAGAGAAGAAGCAGAACUUUGAGGAUGAUGCGAAUGCGGAUCGGCUGCCGCCGAUUUUGGACUCGCAGGCGUACCAUGCCAUGGGGGAGGUAAUCGAUAGGGAGUCACACAAGAUCUUGGGGUCUGAGGGGUACAGCAAAAUGUGGUUUGACCCACAACAUCAACGUCGGGGUGUUGGCCGCAUGCUUAUCCAGCAUGGCCUUGAGCUGGCAGCGAAGGAUGGAAGAGAUGCCUUCCUCAUUGGCACUCCUGAAGGGCGUUGCUUGUACCAGAAGUUGGGCUUUGAGGUCAUCGGAGAGCCGUUUUACUUGGGGAGCACACUUCACUAUCCAAUGCUAUGGAAGGCGCCCAAGGUGUAA